CUCUCUCUCUCUCUGCGCCAAAGGCUCUAUAUAAUAUAUAUUUAUCAGAUUUCCAGCCACUUAGCAAAACCUCUGAAACGUUUAGCGCGCUACUGAUGGCAAAUCAACCAUAUACCCGGAAGCAUUUUCAAAAUAAUGGAGAGCCACCCACCAACCAAGAAACUGGGAUCACUGGUGCUUCCGAGCAUGCUGUGCUGUAUAAUGAAGUAUCAAAUUCAUUUUGGGCGCUUUUGGAUUGGGUGAUUUCAAUAUGGAGAGUUGUAUUUGGAAGGCAGAGACCUGGCAUUACUGUUUCUGAUAAUCGAGUUCGUGGAAACACCGGGGUCUGUAAUGGAAUGUUACUUGUUGGCAACAGUACGCAGGAUCAUGCUCGGAAAACACAGAUCAGCGAGGACGACAAACCUGAAGAUGAUCGGAAACCUUGUAUUGAUGUUUCUCGUAAUCAAAUUGAUGACAACAACGGGUUCGCUAAUGGAAUUUUCUCUGUUGGCAACAAGUAAGCAGGUUGUUGUAAACAUUCAGUAAUGUCAAACGAGACUCUCUCAGUCUCUCUAGAUCUACGAAGAUAUUGGUCAAACCAGAAAACCAUCGGUUAUUAAAUUAACCGGACUCUGAAGUUGAUAGGAAAUGACUGUAGUGUUGGACUGUUAAGACAUAGCAGUCAUUUAGUUUUUACUGUUUCUUGUUUUUCAAGUUUCGUUCUGUUAAAUAGGCUUUAUUUUCCUUAGGGACUUGCAGAUAGGGUUAGACUCUUUGCUUCCCAAUUAGUCUCCAAGUUAUAGGCCGUGUAAGACGUGGUUGUUACUGUUUUGAUUUCCUCUUCAUGUAAAGGCUAUAAAGCUGAAAGCUUGUUCUUGAAUUCAAUAAGAGAUUCUCUCAAACAAAACA